AUGGACGCCCCGGAGCAGCAGCCCGACCCCGACGGCGGGGACGCCCCGGGCCAUGAGCCCGGGGGCAGCCCCCAAGACGAGUUCGACUUCUCCAUCCUCUUCGACUAUGAGUAUUUGAAUCCUAUCGAAGAAGAACCGAAUGCACAUAAGGUCGCCAGCCCACCCUCCAGACUCGCAUACCCCGAUGAAGUCCUGGACUAUGGCCUCAAGCCAUACAGCCCCCUCCCCAGUCUCCCUGGCGAACCCCCCGGCGGAUUCGGAGAGCCGGAUAGGGUAGGGCCGCAGAACUUUCUGAGCCCGGCGGCCAAGCCAGCGGGGGCCUCGGGCCUGAGCCCUCGGAUCGAGAUCACUCCAUCUCACGAACUGAUGCAGGCAGGGGGCCCCCUCCGCGGCAGAGACACUGGCCUGCUGGGGGAGCAGCCGCCCCUGGCCGGCGUGGCCGCCAGCCCGCGGUUCACCCUGCCCGUGCCCGGCUUCGAGGGCUACCGCGAGCCGCUUUGCUUGAGCCCCGCUAGCAGCGGCUCCUCUGCGAGCUUCAUUUCCGACACCUUCUCCCCCUACACCUCGCCCUGCGUCUCGCCCAAUAACGGCGGGCCCGACGACCUGUGUCCGCAGUUUCAACACAUCCCUGCUCAUUAUUCCCCCAGAACCUCGCCAAUAAUGUCACCUCGAACCAGCCUCGCUGAGGACAGCUGCCUGGGCCGCCACUCGCCCGUGCCCCGUCCGGCCUCCCGCUCCUCGUCGCCUGGUGCCAAGCGGAGGCAUUCGUGUGCCGGGGCCUUGGUUGCCCCGCUGCCCGGAGCCUCACCCCAGCGCUCCCGGAGCCCCUCGCCGCAGCCCCGGGACGACGGCGCCCCCGCUGGGUACCCCCCCACGGCUGGCUCGGCCGUCCUCAUGGAUGCCCUGAACAGCCUCGCCGCGGACUCGCCUUGUGGCAUCCCCCCCAAGAUGUGGAAGACGAGCCCCGACCCCUCGCCGGUGUCCGCCGCCGCCCCGCCCAAGGCCGGCCUGCCCCGCCACAUCUACCCGGCCGUGGAGUUCCUGGGGCCCUGCGAGCAGGAGGAGGGGAGGAGCUCGGCCCCCGAGUCCAUCUUGCUGGUGCCGCCCACCUGGCCCAAGCAGCUGGUGCCUGCCAUUCCCAUCUGCAGCAUCCCAGUGACUGCAUCUCUCCCUCCGCUUGAGUGGCCGCUCUCCCACCAGGCGGGCUCCUAUGAGCUGCGGAUAGAGGUGCAGCCCAAGCCACAUCACCGCGCCCACUAUGAGACCGAAGGCAGCCGAGGGGCUGUCAAAGCUCCAACUGGUGGCCACCCGGUUGUUCAGCUCCAUGGCUACAUGGAAAACAAGCCCCUGGGACUUCAGAUCUUCAUUGGGACAGCUGAUGAGCGGAUCCUUAAGCCCCACGCCUUCUACCAGGUGCACCGAAUCACGGGCAAAACCGUCACUACCACCAGCUACGAGAAGAUCGUGGGCAACACCAAAGUCCUGGAGAUCCCUCUCGAGCCAAAAAACAACAUGAGGGCAACCAUUGAUUGCGCCGGGAUCCUGAAGCUUCGGAACGCCGACAUCGAGCUGCGCAAAGGCGAGACGGACAUCGGCAGGAAGAACACACGGGUGCGCCUGGUGUUCCGCGUGCACAUUCCAGAGUCCAGCGGCAGGAUCGUCUCCCUGCAGACGGCGUCUAACCCCAUCGAGUGCUCCCAGCGAUCCGCCCACGAGCUGCCCAUGGUGGAGAGACAGGACAUCGACAGCUGCCUGGUUUACGGGGGCCAACAGAUGAUCCUCACCGGACAGAACUUCACGGCCGAGUCCAAAGUCGUGUUUACCGAGAAGACCACAGAUGGGCAGCAAAUUUGGGAGAUGGAAGCUACGGUGGAUAAAGACAAGAGCCAGCCCAACAUGCUUUUUGUUGAGAUCCCCGAGUAUCGAAACAAGCACAUCCGUGCAUCGGUGAAGGUGAACUUCUACGUCAUCAAUGGGAAAAGGAAACGAAGUCAGCCUCAGCACUUUACCUACCACCCAGUCCCAGCCAUCAAGACGGAGCCCACCGAUGAGUACGACCCCACCUUGAUCUGCAGCCCCGCGCACGGGGGCCUGGGCAGCCAGCCUUACUACCCACAGCACCCAGUGGUGGCCGAAUCCCCCUCCUGCCUCGUGGCCACCAUGGCGCCCUGCCAGCAAUUCCGCUCGGGGCUCCCGUCCCCCGACGCCCGCUACCAGCAGCAGAACCCAGCGGCCGUCCUCUACCAGCGGAGCAAGAGCCUGAGCCCCAGCCUGCUGGGCUACCAGCAGCCGGCCCUCAUGGCCGCGCCCCUGUCCCUGGCGGACGCCCACCGCUCCGUGCUGGUGCACGCCGGCUCCCAGGGCCAGAGCUCCCCGAUGCUCCACCCCUCCCCGGCCAACCAGCAGGCCUCACCGGUGAUCCACUACUCGCCCACCAACCAGCCGCUGCGCUGCGGCAACCACCAGGAAUUCCAGCACAUCCUGUACUGCGAGAACUUCGCGCCCGGCCCCACCAGGCCUGGCCCGCCCCCCGCCAGUCAAGGCCAGAGGCUGAGCCCGGGCUCCUACCCCACGGUCAUUCAGCAGCAGAGCGCCACCAGCCAAAGAGCCGCCAAAAACGGACCCCCGGUCAGUGACCAAAAGGAAGUAUUACCCACAGGAGUGACAAUUAAACAGGAGCAGAACUUGGACCAGACCUACUUGGAUGACGGUCACAGAUACAGCUCCUGUACCUUUUGAAGGAAAGGAGUUUUCAAACAGAGACACCCAAGGAACGUGACCCGAGCAGGCCUGGCUUCCGGGCUGAAGAAAAAACCAGAAGCCGGACCGUCCUCCUUAGGGACCGCCUGGUCCCGGCCACGGUCGGGCCACGGCUGAACCCUUAUUGGUCAGUUUCCUCCUUCUGAAGCAAGACUGUCUGGCCCACACCAGAUGACCGGUUAAAACUCAGCCUUAAGUUAUGAGACGUGUCCACGUUUGUUACUUUUGUCUCCGCUUCCAAGAGCCAGCCGGAGGUGGCUGGAUUGGGGGAGCUCUCUGGGCCCGCUGCUCCUCAACCCUGCAGAGAGCGGCAGGCCUGGUGCAGGGAGCCCAGCCCGCGGCGUGAGCACCGGCCUCUGCAGGCCUGCAGGCCGAGGGCUUUCUGCUAGCCUCGCUUGCUUUCUCCCUGGUGGCCAGAGCGCUUGUCCAUGAACUGGUGAAGAAGAUCUCAAGCGUGUGCAUUGAGAAUUGUGAGAAAGAAUCCUAGAAAAGCUAUAGCAACCAAAGGGGAAAAAAAAAAAACCCAAAACCAAAAAAAAACACGGAAACGGUGCAGGGAUUUUUGUGAAGUAUGAAACGAAGCAAGCGGCGGGCAGGCCUGAGUAUUUCUGUAAGUGGGUUCCCCCAUGACCAGGGUGGAACUCCCUCUCUGGCCUAGCCUCUGAGUAGGACAGCAAGCUCGGGCUUUGGCCCCAAGUUCACUGGUUAUUUUUAUUUUUAUACCCAAGCCCAUCUCCAGCGCCCCUCCAUCCCAAGACACCUGUCUGCAUUAGCCGCUUUAUCUGCGCCGAAGAGAAUCAACCUGCGUGCCUCCCUCAGAUGGAAGGAGCGUCCCCAAAGGGGUGUAUGGGGGGAUUUUUCUCCCCCCUUGUCUCUACUGCACACACCGAGUCCUCUAGAGUCUUCCUCCUUUGGUGCAGUUUUUGCAAACACCUGAAACUCUCAAAGUUCUCGGCAGGGGAGUUUCUCAUCGCACAGAUGUGUUCCUGUUUACCUUCCUGGGGACACCCUGAGGCAAGCCGGGACUUCGUUUUCAGCCACUCUGCUUGCUCCCCGCUUAUCCACACAGAACAUAAAUAUUCCUGCCACUCUUCCAAAGGCUCUCCUCGGGGAUUUCUCGGUCAGCUCGGCUAGGUAGAAGCCUAGGAGAAGAAUCACAGCCUUUAACGGCUUGCUGUGGGUUUUUGGAGUCCCGGCUUCCUUGUCAAGGUGACGCAGAGAUGAAACCUUCCCCACGGUGUGGCCAGGAGCAUGAGGCUUGGGGACUACAGCCCGGAGGGUCUUGUGCUGCGGAGAGUGGAUGAGAACACCCAGUGGAUGAGAACACUCCACCUUUCAGUGGAGACCUAGCAUUUAUCUUCCCCAACAAUGGAGGGGCUGCUCUUCAAGCCCAAAGUUUGGCAAAAUCCUUCUUUUAUACAAAAUGCCAGUAAGAGCUUGACCGCUGUUGCAGAACUUCUGGGAUGUGAAAUUCUUCCUAAUUAAUAAAAGGGUUCCUUACACCAGCAGCUUCACGUAAAGCAGUUUCUCUCCAGCAAUACUGACUUCCCUGGGGAAGAGUUAAAGUGUUUGGUGAGUGAUCUGUUCUCCCUUGACCUGGCUGGGAACCUUAACCUUUUUCUUUUUCUUUUUUUUUUUUUUUUUUUUUUUGCACAUGAGGGAAUUUGGCCUUUCCUCAGUUAUCUGAAUGUUUUACCCAAGUGCCUUCCUGCUAUUGUAGCAAAGUCUCCCUGCUUCGUUGUGCCUGGAUGGGGCGAACAAGGGCUAACGUGUAUUUCCACCGAUCUUCCAACUCUGUCCAUGAAAAGGGGGUCCCGCUAGUUGAGAGUCUUUAACACACAUAUGUGGGUGUGUGGGUGUGUGUGCGCACGCAUCUAAUGCACACACAAGCUUUUUCUAAGACCUCCUAGCUGGAUAUUAGAGGAAGCAUGUCCAUAAACAACUAUACCAAAUAACAAAAGACAGAGAAACCAAAGCAUUAGUUUUGAGACCUAAACAGGCGAGAGAAUGGGUAUUAGGAACUGACAGUGAUCAAGAAAGUUUGGUCGGUAACAAACGCCAGGAGGAAAUUUUGCCAAGAGGAAUCACUCAUGAAAUAUUUUCAGUCUGGGAAGAGGCAAUAUGAUCCUCUAAGAGAAGGAGAAAAACAAGGAUGUCUAAGUGGUAAAGAUGUGUGUGUUGCACGUGAUAGAAAGGAUCUCAGGUUGAGGUUUGCACUUGCUACAUCCAAGGUAAAUGGGUAGCGCCACCAACAGAAAUCUACCGUGUUGCUGAAUGUAGUAGAUUUCCAAAGUCUGCAAGUCUUCUGGUAUUGUACAAAAAUACUGCUGCUUCAUAAUAUAUAAGAGCGAUCCAAAUUAGUAGGUUAUUAAAUUUUAUUUUCUUAUCUGUAUGUUUAUGCUUUUUAUCUGUCCUGAAAAUAUCACACACACCCUCUGUUGGAAUUAGAAAAUAUUUAUAAAUGGUUGAAAUCUUUUUCAGGUGUUUCUUUUUGCAUAUGUUGAUUUUUUUCCCCCUAAGGGAAAUGAUGUAUUCUUGAAACUGUGUGAUUCAUGCUGGCAAAGCAAACAAAAGCCAAAAUCCCAGCUCCAAGCCUGUCAGUCACCAGAGUCUUAGAAGAAAGCGUCCCUGGAGACGGGGGAUGGCUUUGCUGAAGAAGGAACGCUCUGAUGCUCGCUUAGGAGGAUGUAGAGUUCAGCUCUGAGCCUUCAUCUGGUCAUGGAGGAGAACUGUCAAGUGUUGAGAUUCCCCCACAGCAGUGCCUAGUAGGUGAUUCUGAAUUAAAAACAAAACUGCCUGUAUUGUAAUGGGAUUCUGGAAGAGUUCUCGUUCACAGAACCCUAAGUGCGGGCUCCUGUUUACAGAGCUAACCAAAUCCGGGUAGAUAAGCCCCCCUCCCCCAUGCAUUAUCCAAAGGACCUGCAGAGUUUUCCAGCAGGGACACACCCUCGAUGAAUCAGGUUGAUUUCUUCUAGAAGCUGGGAAGCACUGAUGUGGCCUUUCUUGUUUACAUCCAGUAGCCAAGACGUCGUUCUCAGGAAGCCAGCCUUGGCCAGUGUGGGAGCGGUCCCUUGUAGACAGAUUGGAAGCUGAUGUGUUCUAGUUGUCACUGAAUGUGUUUAUUUUCAUGUCAAACACUUUCCAAGUGCUUUCUGUCAUUCAGAAUCGAAAGGCUGUCAGAGGUCCGCUUUUUGUAAACGCGAACAAUUUUGUUCACAUUUAUAAGAGGCAUGGGGGUUGUGACAUUCUUGACGAGCUGCGAUAAACCUUCCUGCACUCAGCUUUUGGCAGGUACCCAGCACAUCCUAACCUCCCUUGGAGAUGGUCCCUGAGCAAGUCACCCUGAAAAGGAGAUGGGGUGCGGGGAACACUGACCAUUCCGCCUUGAUGCACCUGUUAGCGGACCAAACACCUGCAAGCUUCCUGGCUCAGGGGGUUGGGUGCACUGGAUACGAAGCCGUUCCCUGUAGAGAGGUGUUUUCAGCAUGGCGGCCGUGUAAGCAGACAGAGGCUGGGGCUGGGACAAACUUAGCCUCCAGAGCAUCUUGUCGAAGAAACUUCCUUACCCCCAUUGCCUCUACAGCCCUCAGAGGGGAGAAAAUGUUGACAGUGCUCUGUUAGUUCUCCGACAAACCGAAUUCUCUGCAACAGGCGGUGCUGGAAGGCUUAGGUUUUUUAGAAAUCUCGACUGUUAAAGAAGUUUGAAUACAUCACAUUCCUAUGCAAAACGUUUUUAAUCUCCAGUUUAAUGUAGUUUAUUUUUGCUAUAUGUAAAGUAUUUUUAUACGGCUUGUAUCAUGAUAGUUUAGCAAUAAAACGGUUGAAAGCAA